AUGGCAGCCGGAGGACCGUUCUUUCUCAUGCGCCUUGUGUCUUCGUCUGUCGCUGUGGCUAAUCGAGCCGGUGGAAUUAUCCGUAACAUACUUAAAACAGGCAGCCUUGGCGUUGUAGACAAGGUUUGUGUAUUUAUUAUAAAAUACUGUCAGAAAGUGGGGCAAUUUGAUUUAAUAUUAAAAGGUGGAUCGAACCGAUCCGCUGAUGAAACGAAUGAAGCAAAAUAAUAUUAUUAUUUGCCUCUUCCACCAAGGGUCUUAAAAUUCUGGCGAACGGUUAUGUCCAAUCGUCUCUUAUUUCUUUAUGAAUUUGUUGAAUGAGUGAAAAUCUCUAUGGUUCUACCCUGAUAGCUAGUUUUUUUACUGCACCUGACGUGUUUGUGUAAACCAUUUAUAAUCAUUAAAAAUUUAUUCAUGGAUGAUUUGGAAAAGUACACCAGCUGCUACGCGUGAAAAGUCACAGUUGACCUUCUCUUUUAUCGAGUUACUGAAAGCCAGUAUACCAAGGUUUUUAUCCAACUUGUUUUCUUCUUGUCUACCUUUUAGUUUUGUUUUUGUUUUUGUUUUCUCUGUGUUAUGUAAAUCAUAUUUGAAAUGUAAAGCAAGAAGGUAGAUUUCUUGAGUUUGAAGUUAGUAUCAUCCUGCAGGUUUAUUCUAUCUCUUGACCUCUGGGAGGAAUCGUUAUUGAAUUUGUGUUAGGUGCUCAAGUUUGUUUAGCGGGAAGAAUACUUGUAAAUGCAGAAGAUAACCUCAGUGCUGGGCUUACCUUGUUAGAAGGUGACACUGCCAUUGAAAAACUUUGACUGCUUAAAUAAACAUAUGGGAGUGCUUCCUACUCUGUGUAAAAUAAUCUGCAACAACCAUGGAGAAUUGCAACAUUCACAGAAGAACAAAACUGUCCAUUAGCUUAAUGAAAUAAUGUGCAUAUGUAAUAUGUACCUCACCAAACAAAAUGACUUUUCAUGCUUCAGGGAGGCAAUGGAGAAUAUGACCCACAAACUGAAGCAGAUCGUGCAUCUCAGAAGUGUAUAAUUGCCUCACUCUUGAGAACAUAUCCAACUGUGCAAAUUAUUGGAGAGGAAGAGGUGUGUUGAUUUGAAUCAAACCUAUAGCUGGAUGCUUGACCAAAUUAGCAACAGAAAAAUAAUGAGUGAGUCAAGCCCUAUACAUGGCUCCCAUGUGACAAUUGUUCUGUUGAUGAUAUGUAUGUGAGUAGCAGCAGGGUUGAAAUAACCCUGCUGGGUGUUAGAAAGACACUCUUUUUGAUUUUAGUAAAAUUGUUUUUAGUUUUGUGUAGCAAGCUUGUGGCUUGUGGAAAAGAUCUGAGCCCAGUUGUAUAUAGGGCGGAUAAAGCUAUCCAAUGGAUAAGUCACUAUCUAGCAGAAGUGUUUGAAAAUGUAAAGCAGUGUUGACAUAUAGCGAUUUAUUCAGUGGAUAACGUUAUCCAACCUUCGAACAAUCAAGGCCUGUAUACUAUAUACUAGGAUACUAUAGAUGAGUGAUUGUGCUGUGUAUCCACAAUAAAAACUUGUAUUUUAUCUUUUCAGAAUAUUCAUUUAGAAGACAUGGAAGAAGAGUUUAUUGAAAUAUCUCAAGAUGAAGCAGUUCUUUCUAAAGCUUGUCCAGAAGAUCUCAUUGCAGUCAAGCCAGAGGAAGUGAGUUACUAUUGCUUCAUAGUUAUACAUUAUUUAUCAAUAUUAUUGAUUGUAUACCAAGGUUUGAUAAUUUAUUGUACAAAUUGAAGUAUUUUUGUUAGUCCAUGAGAAUCAUGAUAAUUAAUGAUCAGCAUGAUUUUAGGCUACAACCAAACCUAUUAUUCCUGGCUUAGUCUGCUGUGCCAGUCACUAAAGUCAGGAUGAACUUAAGAAGUUUGCAGCACUCAAGUGAAGUCAUGCAUGUUAUUACAACAUCAGUUGCUCUGCUUACACAAUCUAUGUGAAGCUUUUAGGUCUUCAUCUAUAACUGUCUUGCAUUUAUACAGGUUACCAUCUGGGUGGAUCCACUAGAUGGAACAAAAGAAUUUACAGAGGGUACGAGAAUUUGUGUUGAACUAACAGUAAAUGCCUGUAUUGUGAAAAGGUCACUUUCCUUCCUUAGAAUUCUUUCUACCCUACCCUUCCUCUUGCCAAAUACUGUCGUACUGCCAUUCAGAUGGACCAUUAUAAGAUACACAUGUUUAUCUUAGACACUUGUGAUACUAUUUCCCUUUUUUUUCUUUGUUUUUGUAAGCAACACUAUAAACACAUCGUUUAUUAAAGCUUGGUGAGUUGAAAAACAAGUCUUGACUCAUAAGUUUUUAUUACCCCCCCCUUUCUCUGAGCCCCCUACCUGAAAUCUUUGAAAUUGACAUCUUGGGAAAUUUCUAGAGCAUUUACAUUUAGGUAUGACUGGCUGGCUCUGAGUUCAGGUUUACAAAUAAGAGGAUUUUUUUCUGAAAUAGGAAGCAAUAGGUAUCAUGGUUGGUAUGAUACAUGCUUGUUAAAAUUAAUCUUUAGGUAACCCCUGGCUAUUUGUAUUUAGUUGUAAUCUGCCUUCUGUGCAGUUGAAUUAAUUUAUAUUUAAUUUAGUACAAAAUUGAUUUGACUUUCUUAUGUCAAACAGGUCUUUAUGACCACGUCACAGUUCUUAUAGGUAUUUCAUUAAAUGGCACGCCUAUAGCAGGAGUCAUCCACCAGCCAUUUUAUGGUCAUGAAAAUGAAACUCAAGGAAUUAAACUUGGAAGGACUAUGUGGGGUGUAAGAGGUCUUGGCACCUUUGGUUUUACCCACAUCCCCCCUCCCCCAGGACGAUGUGUCAUCACCACAACUCGCUCUCACUCCAAUGGGUUGGUAAUGGAAGCAAUAGAAGCAAUGAAACCUGACAAGAUAUUAAAGGCUGGUGGAGCAGGUUAUAAAGUGUUGUUGCUGCUUGAAGGGACUGCUGAUGCCUAUGUGUUUGCUAGCCCAGGGUGCAAACGUUGGGAUACCUGUGCAUGCGAGGCUCUCCUUGAGUCAGUAGGUGGUACUCUGACAGACGUGUGUGGAGAGCAUGUCACAUAUGAUCCUAAAGCAGAUAGCUAUGUGAAUAAAACUGGUGUGCUGGGAUCGCUAAAGGACCAUAAGUUUUAUGUAGACAUGAUCCCAGAAUCUAUUAAAAGUAAUCUGCGUGGAAAAUUGUAAUUUACUAUUUAAUGAAAUGAUUCACAAAUU